AUGGAUCACUCAAAUUUAGAAUACAGGCUCGCAAAACAUGAAGAACGUAUCAAAAACCUUGAAAAGAUAGUUCUUAUUUCUGCCGAAGCUAAUGUACAAAUAUGGAAACAUAUACCCAACGAAUUUGAAAAAUCCAGGGAUGUAAUAAUCGAACUUCUAGAAGGAAGUCAAAAUAUAACAAACCCCAGUCAAUUUAAUAAGGGCCUCGAGUACUAUAGAGACAGCCCCCAAAGCUCCACUGAGGCCAGCCGCGGCGCCCAAAGUUUCACCGAAACCAGUCAUGGUAUUCAAAGUUCCAAUGUCACUAUCCCCAGCAUCGAAAGCUCUAACAAAGCCAGAUACGAAGCAGAAAUUGAGGAGAUGAAAGCCAAGAUGCUUGAGAUGACAGAGGAGAUGAAGGCCGAGCUGCUUAAGAAAACGGAGGACUGUGAUAGAAUCCGGACACUACUUGAAGAUGAAAGAAAUAAAAACCGAGCCAUUGUUACAACUCUUCGAGAUAUUCAAGGCAACAUCAGGGUUUUGUGUAGGAUUCGACCCCCAGGAAAGGACACCCCUGCAGCAGACCUUGUAGACUUUGGUCCGCGAGAUCCGGGUGAGUUUUCCUCGCAUUGGGGGAAAAUGACUAUCGCCACUAAACGGAUGAACGUUAUGGGAGUCUUAGUCGAUGACAACCCAAAGAUCUAUGAUUUCGAGCGCAUCUUUGGUCCAUCGGAUACCAACGGAGACGUUUUCGAACAUAUCAGCGACCUUGUUGUAUCUUCAACGGAGGGCCAAAGGAUCAUAAUGUUCGCUUACGGGCAAACUGGUGCUGGAAAAACCUUUACUCUUAGUCACAAAGGUUCAGACGCGAAACAGAACGGAGUGAUUCCAAGGUCCAUGGAUUUACUGUUCGAUACGAAGAAGAAACUAGAAGAUGAGUUUGAAAUUUCGAUUUCGGUAAGCAUCCAAGAAAUUUAUCUGGACAAGACCUAUGACCUCUUGGCAGCAAUUGAGACGAAACGGAGGGGGGAGGAGGUCCGACGAAACCAAGUUGGGAAGCAACAAUUGCACUCCCAUGAAGAGGCUCUGUCAGUGAUAGAUGCCGCGAUGCAUUACAGAGUAACAUCGAGAACUGAUAUGAACGCCACUAGCUCUCGUUCGCAUCUGAUUCUGUCAUUUGAAAUUUCAAGGAAAUCACUAGCAAAUCCAAGGGAAGUUAGGUCUGGCGUUCUUAAUAUCGUUGACCUCGCGGGAAGCGAGAGGCCAAACGAGAUGGGAACGACAGACACGAUUCGUAGGGAAGGGAUCAUGAUCAACAAGUCUUUGAUGAGCUUGACUGGGCUGAUUAGUUGCAUAGCGGCCCGCAAGCCUGUCGUUUAUGAUACAGAGCUAGUACGAGCAUUAAGACCCGCUCUCACACCUCAGUCAAAAGUUGUUAUGUUUGUCAUGAUCAGCCCCUUGAAGAAGGACCAAGAAGUCUCUUUCCAGACCCUCGAAAAGGGGCGAGAAGCUUCGGCCGCAAAGAUGGCUUCGGCUGACCUUAGCGGGAAUCCUAGCACCUCGUCGGGGCCGUCUACGCGGGGUCGGGGAGGGAGUACGGCUUCGACGAGAGGUAAUUCCCCAUUAAGAGGUUCACUUACGACAAGAGGUACUUCCCCGUCAAGGGUAUCAAGGGGUGGACAAGGCCGCGGCCGGAAUUAA